AUAGUACAAUUGAAGCAGAUAUAUUUUAAUGACUGACUGACAAAACUUAAAUACAGUGAGGACAUCAAAUCCACCCUAUUAUAACCCACCAUUUUGGACACUAAUAUUGCACAAAGACAAAAAAUACUCAAACUAAUUUCAGAUAAUUUUAAUAUCUUGAAUUAAAAUGUUUUUAAACUUUGUAUAAAGUUAUCCAAACCCUGAUACAUUUAGUGUUCUAAUAUUUUUUCUAUUCAAUAUCAUUAACUUAUAAGUGGAUUUAUAUGUUAUACAUAUAAAAGAAAUAAAUCAAUCACCAGCCAAGCUAGAUAUUGAUCGAGGGUAAAAUGGGAGUAUAUCAAAAAGGUUUAAAAUGUCAAACAAUAAGUUUUCUCAAAUAUAUUUGUUUGCUUCACACACACUUCAAAAACCGUCAUGUAUGUAAAUAAAAGUAAAAUCAGUGUCAACCAACCAUUUAUAUGAGCAAUGACUAUUUGACAGAAAAUGGUUAUUUUCAGUUUGGUUGACGUUUUAUCAUAACAGUUUUAAAUGUUUUUUCUGAAUGUUCCCCAGAUUGCUAGAGAUCAUAGCCCAUCGCAAUUUUGAUGUGAUCCAGAGGUCUUUCAUCUUUGACUUUCUACCGGAAGGGAGACGCCAUAAUAAACUGAUUAAAUAUCUUCACAGCGUAACUGAAAGUGUCAUGAAAGAACGGAAGGCCAAACUCCAAGAAACCAAUGAAGAAAAUGGGGAAGAAAUAAAUGAAGAUAUUGGGAUAAGAAAGAAAAAAGCUUUCUUGGAUUUGCUCUUGGAAUAUAACAAAGAGGGUGCCGGGAUGACGGACGCAGAAAUAAGAGAUGAAGUUGACACAUUCAUGUUUGAAGGUUAUGACACAACAUCGUCUACUUUGUCAUUCUGUCUGUAUUGCCUCUCUCAAAACCAGGAUGUUCAGGAUAAAGCCAUUGAGGAAUUGAAUCAGAUAUAUGGAGGUAGUGACAGAGAAUCCACUUAUCAGGACUUUCAAGAAAUGAAAUAUCUCGAGAAGGUGAUCAAAGAAACACUAAGGCUUUAUCCGACUGUGCAGUUCAUAGCUCGAUACACAAACCAGGACUUGGACCUCAAAAGUGGCUACACUGUUCCUAAGAACACUUCAGUUAUGAUACUGAUAGAGCCUAUGAAUCAUGACCCAGAAUUUUAUCCCAACCCAUAUAAGUUUGAUCCGGAACGGUUUGACACAAAGUCGUCUCACCCGUAUCUCUUCGUACCGUUCAGUGCCGGCCCAAGGAACUGUAUCGGUCAAAAGUACGCAAUGUUGGAAAUAAAAUGUGUGGUGUCCCUGGUACUGAGGAAGUUCCGUCUUCUCCCCUCAGAGAUCCCAAUCACAUCGUGGUUCAACAUCGUCCUGAAAUCCAAAACCGGCAUUAAUGUACGUUUUGAACCACGGACAGAACUUUGAGAGAUUUUUUGUAUGCCAUGUAUAGCGUAGAAAUCUCCACCUUAAUAUUAUGCAUCAGUAUUUUGCAGAUAAUGUAAGAAUGAAAUUUUUGUAAGAAAAAUUUGACUUAAUACAAUGACAAUAGUGUGACUUAUCCAAGAUUACUAAAGUUUUAAUCCUAAUUAACUCAAUAAAAAUAUAAAAUACUUUUUUAAUCCCUGAAAAAUCAUUAAAUUUGACUUAGCUACUUAUCUGAAACAUUUUUCAACUGUGAUGUUACAAUUCAGUCAAUGUAAUAAGAACACAAUAUUAAGAUUUUUUAAUUUUGGAGUUAUUUUUACUGCAUUAAAACUUGUAUGUAUUAUUGUAUUGCUAUUGUAUUUAUUAUGUAUAAUUUUAAAUAAUUGUUUAAUUUUUAGGAAAUUUUAUAAUGCAUAUAAUGAUUUAUUGUAUUGUUGUGUUUUUUAAAUGACUUGUGUGUUACAAUACAAUGCAAUUUCAGUGUUUUA